AUGCUGGUGGCGUUCUACCUCGUUGGGUCCGCGGCCACGAAGCUGAAAAUGCAGCAGAAGGAGAACAUCGGCUCGGAGUACAAGCAGCAGGAAGGGCGGAACGUGUGGCAGGUGCUCUCCAACGGUGGGCUGCCCACGGCGCUCGCUGUCGCUCUUGCCAUCUACACUGGGGUCCAGACAGGUGACGUGCCGGUGGGCUGGGCGCCGGCAGCUGGCCUGCUGACCUGGAAGAUGUCUGCUGCACUCCAAGGGGGGAUUCUCGGUUACUACGCCUGUUGCUGUGGGGACACCUUGGCGUCGGAGCUCGGCGUGCUGUCGUCAGAGCAGCCGCGCCUCAUCACCAACUUCCGGCCCGUGCGUCGCGGAACGAACGGGGGCGUGACUUUGUUCGGGACCGCUGCCAGCGGCGCGGGCGGUCUGUUGAUGGGUGCGAUCUUCUACGUCGCUGGGCUGGUGGCGCCGCACGUGCGGGCGAGCGGGGAGAUGACCGCCGCGGCUGCCGGCCAGACCUGGUUGCUGUGGGCUGGGCUGGCUCUCGGACUCGGGGGCAGUUUGGUGGACUCGAUUCUUGGCGCGACUGUGCAGUACACUGGGUAUGACAGGACGCAGGGCUGCGUCGUCGGACGUCCCGGGGAGGACGUGACGCACAUCUCCGGACUCGCGCUGCUGUCGAACAACCUGGUCAACGUGGUGAGCGCAGCCGUGUGCUCCCUGGCCGGUGCGCUGUUGUCGGUGCGCAUGGUGAUGUUGGCGCACGGCGUGUAA